ACAAACAGAAGUUUUGCCGUGGCUCCAGGACGCUCAUGAGCGGCUGAACUCUAAGCUGGACCGGCUGAGGACCAGAGAAGCUACUCUGGGCUACAACAAAACGAUGGCACAGAUGCUCGACAUGGAACAGAAGCUGCUAUCUAAAACGAUGGAUGCUUUCAGUCAGGAUGAAGUGUUUGAGCAGAGUCCACAGUGUCGAGAUCUCCAAGAAAAGAGAAGAAAGAUCUGACAGAGGUGGACAAGCUGAUGGAGGCUCUGAGAGAAGCUGAGGCGAGAGCCGCAACUCUCCAAGAAGAACGAAACAAAGCUCUCCAGGAUCUCCAGACUUCUGCUGAGACGCAGAAGAUGCUGAUUAAUCAAAUGGAGGAGAUGGAAAAAAAAGUCAGUGACGUCGUCACUAAACCAAAGGAGAACUCAGAGGUAAAUGAACAAUUGAGACAAGAACUGGAAGUGAUGAAGAAACAUCUGGCUGAGUCACAACAUCAACUGCAGGAGCUAAACGAGGAGAGAAACAUAAAAUUAAGACAGAUCACAGAUCAGAUCAGAGAAAAGGAGAAUCUGCUGACUGAAAGAAACCCAGGAGGACAUGAUGCAUUAAAUGAAUCAACAGGAAACAACAACCAGUGCAGAACAUCUACAGAAGAUUUGGACCUAGAAAAUCAGAAACUGCAGAACCAUUGUGUCUGUUUGGAAGAAAAGCUCAAAGAGAAGGAAAAGAUGCUGCAAAUGCACGAGAAAAUGUAUCAAAAAAAGGAUGAAAUGAGACUCCUGCGCAUUAAAGAACUAGAAGAUUUGGCCUCACACUGGACAGAAAAAUGGCAAAAUGUUGCUUUGAACCUUCGGUCCACACAAGACGAGUUAGAAGAACUGAAGAGAAACUGCACCAUUGAUACAAGAGAAUCUGGGUCUUUACUGAGGUGUGAACAGGAAACAGGUAGUGAUUUGGUGCAGACUCUUCACAAAGACACACAGACAGACCUUUCAGAAUCCUCUUUAACGCCAGACUCCACAUGCAGCAGUAAUAAAUCUCCUCAGGUAACAAGAUGUUCCUCUCACAAACAAACAUUUAAUGUUAAAGUGUUAAAAAAUGUAAAUGUUAACCUGAGCAUACACAAUCCUCAGCUUUGGUCGCAAAACAGCGAGGUUCAGAGGCUGAAGCAAAAACUUUCAGAAACAGAAAGGGAAGUGAAUGAAAGAGAGCAUGAUUUGAGGACUAUGGAACGGCUAAGAGAGAUGGAAAGAGCUGAGGCUCAAAUUAGGAUUUCUGCUCUUGAGCUCAAGCUCAUGAAAAAGGCGUCUGAAGUUUGUCAAAACGGUGGAGGAGUUCAGGCGGAUGUGUCAAACCCGGCCUCAAUGCACGAGCAACAAGACGAGUGGAGGGAAAAGUUGGAUGAGACACAGCACCUAAAUCCUCCAGUCCUCCACAAACAUCCAAACCAGAGGCAGACGUUUUCCCACAGUGAGGGUAAAAAUAAGACUUUGUGGACUGAAGACAAGAAGAAUAAAACCAUCUGCCUUGUUGACCAAGAGGUGGAGCAGCAGAGAAGAAUGGUCACUGAGCAGUUAAAGAGCUUGUUUAAGGAGCGAGAAGGAAAGGAGGCGAGAUUUGCUGAUACACAACCAGUUGCUCAAAGUGGAUCCUCCUCAACUCAGGACUGGACUCCCACAUCUCUGGUUAUUAGGGCUGCAGCAGACAGGAGAAAUUGGCAGCCUGGCUCGGCUUUAAUGCCGGUGUUGGAGGAGGAUGAGGAGAACGGUGACUGGUCAGGAGUGGAUGAAGGGGAAGUAAAACAGGAAGCCCACGCUGAGUGCUAAAGUUUCACCGCUCUGGCUGCAAACUACAGAAAUUGAUUGUCUGUGUGGGGGAAAGGUGACCUGCGGUGGAGGAACACCAUCAACCUGAUGGAGUAUUUCUGGAUCAGACUGUAGAUGUUUGCAAUCAAGAUGAAGAUGAAGAAGAGGAAAAACUAUAGCUUAGAAAAUCCUCAGUAUCUGGAGAAAACAAGCAGCAUUGAACUCUCUAAUCAAACUGAAUGUUAGCCUAUAUUUUUGAAAGCAUCACCCAGCUUUGUGCUCGUCACUUCACCAAAUACUCUCUCCCUUACAUACAUUUUAAAGACUUUUUAUAUAAAUGUCAAUCAGUCAAUUUAAUUUUACAGGCUUAUCUACAGAGUGCCUUGCAAAAAUAUUUACACUUUGUGACGUUGAAGCUCCAAACUUUCAAAGUGUUGAAUAAAUAUGCA